GGCGGCGGCGGCGGCGGCGGCGGCGGGAGCGCCCAGAGCCGGGCCGGGCCGAGCAGCGAAUCCCCCGGCAUCGGCCCCGGCGCGCCGGCCGCGCGCGCCGCAGCCCCCGGAGCAGCGGGCGGGCAGCGGCGCCUUCCGGGCGCGGCAGCGGCAACCAUGGAGCUCCGCGUGGGGAACAAGUACCGGCUGGGCCGCAAGAUCGGGAGCGGCUCCUUCGGCGACAUUUACCUGGGUGCCAACAUCGCCUCUGGCGAGGAGGUCGCCAUCAAGCUCGAGUGUGUGAAGACGAAGCACCCCCAGCUGCACAUCGAGAGCAAGUUCUACAAGAUGAUGCAGGGGGGAGUGGGGAUCCCGUCCAUCAAGUGGUGCGGGGCCGAGGGCGACUACAACGUGAUGGUGAUGGAGCUCCUGGGGCCCAGCCUCGAGGACCUCUUCAACUUCUGCUCCCGCAAGUUCAGCCUCAAGACGGUGCUGCUCCUGGCCGACCAGAUGAUCAGCCGCAUCGAGUACAUCCACUCCAAGAACUUCAUCCACCGGGACGUGAAGCCUGACAACUUCCUCAUGGGGCUGGGGAAGAAGGGCAACCUGGUCUACAUCAUCGACUUCGGGCUGGCCAAGAAGUACCGCGACGCCCGCACGCACCAGCACAUCCCCUACCGGGAAAACAAGAACCUGACGGGCACGGCCCGCUACGCCUCCAUCAACACCCACCUGGGCAUCGAGCAGAGCCGGCGAGACGACCUGGAGUCGCUGGGCUACGUGCUCAUGUACUUCAACCUGGGCUCCCUGCCCUGGCAGGGCCUCAAGGCGGCCACCAAGCGCCAGAAGUACGAGCGCAUCAGUGAGAAGAAGAUGUCCACGCCCAUCGAGGUCCUCUGCAAAGGCUACCCUUCCGAGUUCUCCACGUACCUCAACUUCUGCCGCUCGCUGCGCUUCGACGACAAGCCCGACUACUCGUACCUGCGCCAGCUCUUCCGCAACCUCUUCCACCGCCAGGGCUUCUCCUACGACUACGUCUUCGACUGGAACAUGCUCAAAUUCGGUGCAGCCCGGAACCCGGAGGAUGUGGACCGGGAGCGGCGGGAACACGAGCGCGAGGAGCGGGUGGGGCAGCUCCGGGGCUCGGCCACGCGCGCCCUCCCUGCGGGGCCGCCCACGGGGUCAGCCGCGAACCGCCUGCGUGGCACCCACGAGCCCACGGCCUCCACCCCGGCUUCCCGCAUCCAGCAGGCUGGCAAUACCUCUCCCAGAGCGAUCUCACGGGUGGACCGCGAGAGGAAGGUGAGCCUGCGGCUGCACAGGGGCGCCCCCGCCAAUGUCCCGGCCUCCGACCUCACUGGGCGGCCCGAGGUGUCCCGGAUCCCCGCUUCCCAGACGAGCGUGCCCUUUGACCAUCUCGGGAAGUGAGGUGCCACACCCGAUCAGUAUUCGCUUCGUGUCUUCGCUGUGUCCAACAGGACGGGGAAAACCACUUGAAAGAGCCAAGAGGGAGCAGCGCUCAGCACAGCCCCGCGGCCGCGGCUCCGUCUCGGUCUUGCUUGGCCGAUGACAAGACAACGGGGCGGCCCCCGCCCGCACCCCGCCCCCGCUCCGGGGGCCCGUGGGCGGAGCGGGUGAGCCUCAGGACCACCUGCAGGAGAGCCGUGCCUGCCCCCUGAGGCGGGAGCACCCACUUGUCUGUCCGAACCCCCUCCCGCCUCCGUGCCAGGCGGGGCCCGGGAGCACGCGUGUGUGGGUGCGGGCGCGGGCCCUACUGCCCCCCGCCCCUCGCAAGGAGAGGCGGGCACCGGGCCCUCGCACCCCCUUCCCUUGCGGGGGCCCAGGCCUUCCAGAACACUCCUGACCCCUCCCCGAUCGAGUCCCCGGCCGGGUCACCCCCUCCUCCCACUUAACAUCGUUUUUUUGUUUUCUCGUCUGUUUUCUCCGUGUGUCCUUCCUAAUUUAUUUACCUGUUGCCCCCUUUUUUUUCCCCUUCUCCCUUUUGUUUUUUAAUUAAAGAGCAAAGCUUUUUAUUACUUUGUAAUUUAAAAAACUGAAAAAAAAAUACUGAAGAACUUUGGGGGGAAUUUUGUACUUUUUUCCUGUGUAAAUAUUGGACUUUUUUGAGCUUUAUUGUGGUUGUUCAUUUGAAGUAAUAAAGUAGAAAAGAAUAAAGUGACGCGGGCA